AUGCCCUCAACGGCAAGUCCCUCAGGGCCAGUGCAAAGCCAUGGGCGCUUGGCAGGGGCUCCCGUCCUCUGUGCAUCAAAAAGCCCCAUUCGCUCUCGACAGCCUCUACAGCCCUUACAACCUUUGCAACAGCAACAGCAGCAGAGUAAUCACCAGAGCUACCACCGCCACCAACAACCACUACAACCAUAUAGCAGCAACAGCACCAUUAAAUCUAAUAGCCGCAACGGAAGUAGCGCCACUAACAUUGCCAGCCACUAUCGUCCACAUCAUAAUCAUUAUCAGGAACACAAUUCUCCUUCAUUGUUAUCGCGAUCAACGGGUAGACAGGCCCAACAUGAACAAACCUAUUCCAACUCACCUAUAAAGCCGUCCUCAAGUACCAUGAUAGCAACCACCGCCACUGACCUGAAGGCUUUGCAAAAUAUCCUAAAGCAGAGCUAUUCGACCAACAACAUCAACGGUAAUAGCAGCAAGGUUACCAUAUCUGUUGGUAGUGUGAUCAAUACUGGUCGCAGUAGCCACAGUAGAAGCUCAUCACAGACCUCUCGCAAGAGAGUUAGCAUCAGUAGCAGCACUAGUAGCAAUGGCAGCAGUGUUAACAGCGCCCUUAACAAAAGUAAUUUGUCGGCUUCAGCAAUCUCAACAACCUCAACAUUUUAUUCAGGUGUCAAAUUAGCGCCGCCAAUCUUGAGCGCUUCUGUGCUGGGUAUUGAACGUCGGACUUUAGAUCAAAAAGCAUGGUACACCAUCCAAGUCUUCCCCUGUGACCAAGAGAUCCCUUCACCUAGUUCGCUCUCGCCUCCACUCUCGAGGAGAAGCAGUAAUAGCUACAGCAACUCUACUGUCUCCAGUAAUACGGCUAAUAUACAUUUUAGAUUCAAGUUCACCAAUGAAAACGCAACCAGAGCGGCAGCAUCCCCAUCCAUCAAACCCAUCAAAUCAUCUAUCUCACGUAAACCUUACAAAAUUUAUCGACGGUAUGAGGAUGUGGCCGACUUUGCAGAUCAGCUGGAGGAAGAAUUUCCCUCAUUACUGGCAUUAACACCAACAUCAACAUUAGUACCGGUGUUAACAUCUCAUCAGCUACAGCUACAAUAUACAACUGUGAGCAACAGCGACAGUCCAAGUUCUAGUAUUAACGACAGGCCAUCUUUGUCAACUUUGCUCACGACAUCUGCAAGCAACAGUAACAAUAAUAACAAUAAUAACACCCACAUAGGCAACAGUGGUGCUGCAAUGAGCUCAGGCCUUGGUAUUCAUGCACAUGCAUCUCCCAACGACCUUUGUACAGCACCAACAGCAUCAACACCCAUUUUGCCUCGACUGAAAUCCCCGUUGGUAUUGUUUAUGACAAAAUCAGUGUGCCUCCAACGUAAAGAAGAGCUCGACAGAUACUUGCAAGAGCUGUUUGCUCUUGGGCCCAUGGUUGCACAGUCGCGCCUUGUGGCCGAGUUUUUUGGGAUAUGGAAGACUGAUAUGGAGGCUCAUAUGCGUCAAGAGGACCGAGACCCAUUAGCCCUGCACACACAAACAACCGCUCCAUUUAUAGAGAAUGAAACAAAAAAAGCUGACGACGUUAAUGCAAGAGCAAAGGCCAAGGCCAAAGGAAUGAUAGAGCCAGAAACAGAAAAAGAAGCAUCAGUAGAAGUGAAAGUAGGGCUAGUGACUCCAGCAAAAGCUGAAAACGCAAUGACCAACAAUGUUGCUGUUGCCUCAAUGAGCUGCGAGAAGGCAGUAGCGUGGGGAGGGGGAAUAGAAGAGAAGAAGACGUACGGCCCUCAUAAGCAAGAGGCACCUAGCGAUCAUAACAAUGCGCCGAUCUUGAACCGAAUGGCCAUAUCUAAUAGUAACGACCGCCGCUUUUCUCCUGCAUCUUCAGUACCAGGCUCUCCAGCUCGUCUGCAGUCUGCUACCCUAGCGCUCGACAUUGCGGAUGGCAAGGACAGGAGCUUUAUCGAUACAAAAACUGACUCAACUGCCACUAUGUUUUCUUCCAUCUCUCGUUCUCCGGCUCCUCCAAGCACAAGGCCUACAAUUAAGAUGCCGGCUAUCACGACAACGGCGUCAACAAUGACAACCACUCACCAUCCUUCAUCGCCAUCCUCCUCUUUUACAUACAUGACAUCGCCCACACUCUCCUCACCCAGCCCUAGGAAAACCCACUUCCCACGUAAGGCCUCAACGCCUUCAGGGUGCACAGCAGAGCUACUCAUCCAAGCCUUGGAGGACACAAUGCCACCGGGGUCAUUCUCAGGGUUGGCGCGCAUCAAUGGAGCAGAUGUAGAGGUGAUGUCUCCCACUACCGAAGCAGUAGCCCCAGCUCCAACAUUGAUUGGUAAUAGUGGCUCGCAUAGGCACCCAACUCCUCCUUUGGGGCUAGAAGCAGCAGCGGUUACGUGUACUGGAGCUGAUGGAGGAGUUAUUAAUACUACAGCUCGCACUAUCAACCGACUCAAAUCACUCCGACGCCCAAAUGCUUCAAAGUAUCAAAGCCAAGGAACUGAGAUUCACCAGCAUGGCUUCAGCCAUAAUAACGGCGACACGUACUCAGCUGCAUCUAUGAAAGGAAGGUCUAGCUCCAAUACCUUUCAGGGAGCAACACCUGUGGUUGCAUCUGCAGCCGGAAGCAAUACACCAAUCUCAUCGUGCUCAAUUGUAAGUGCCGCGCAGCCACAUGGAUUUACUUCGGCUGCUGCUGGCAGCGCAAUGAGACCAAGGGUCAUGAGGUACUCUAAGACAAAUAUAUCCCGUCCUGAAGUCGAUAUGCAACCGCUUUCAUCCAAGGAUGUGACCCCACCCUGGAAUAGGACCUUCACGCCGGUACUUGCAAGCAACUUCAACGAUCCAUCCACGCUCCAUUCCCCAAUCAGUCCUACAGCAUCUGGCAGUCCAAACAGUAGUCAGCUAUCACUGUCACUAUCCACCAGCAACCCUAAUGGCACUGUUGCAGGGGAGAGCACAUCUACAUUCACAGUGGUGCCCAGUGGCCUAGAGGGUCGGUCACAUAAGCCGACCAUGUCAGAUUCAAAGACCAUAUCAGCUAUUUCCAGUUGGAACAUUGGCGCUGGUGGCAGUAGAAGUACUUCCACGCCGAUGUCACCAGGGACGAAGAUACCCUUGUUAACGCCAGCGACUCUAAGCAGCAGCAGCAACGACAACAACAACCACAAGGCUGGUAGAGGUGAUAAUAAUUCAACUCACCAUGGUCUCCGAGCAAGAUCCAUGUCAAUAUCUUCCAUGUCUUCAACUCUCUCUGUGGCAACGACACCCCCAGCCGCUCCUGGGGAUCGCAUGCAUCCAAACGCAGAGGCAAGCAAGCAGUUGCAUUCGCUAACCAAGGUUAGCUCAUCAACGUCUUCUUAUUCGUUAUCAUCUACAGCGGCCUUUGUCCCUGUAGAGCUUGAAAGAUCGUUUCAAAAGAAGGAAAGACUGGUUCAAAAACCACAUGUUAUGUUGACUAGCAAAGGGCAGGAUGGCGGCAUCGGCAUCAAUGAUAACAAUCUUUCUGGGAAGGCUCUUGUACUGACGCAACCGUCUGGGGUCAGGGAACAGCGACGUCCAUCAGCUGCAUCUGUAUCUGGGCAGCAUGUACGGGCAACCAUUACUUCGAAAAUGAGCAAGAGUGGCAGUAGCAAAAGACAUGGUAUGUCGCAUUCUAUUUCAGUACCAAGGGGGUCUUCUCUGCCUUCCAUGACUGCCACAGCCUCUGGUGCUACUUCACCCUCAUCAUCCGCUACAGACGUCCCCAAGGCGCAAGUAACAGAGUCAGGAUUAUCACAGGAAAGGGGUUCAGCUUCGAGUAUAACAAUCAAGAAACGUGUACAAACUCGUAGAGAGUCUAUGACCAGUUUAUGUUCGCCCACUUCGUCAACGAAACAGCCGGUUGGAAUCUUGAAGAACGCGUAUCAAAAUAAUAACGGCAACAGCAGCAGCAGUAGCAAUAGCAAGAUCAGUGGUGGCCAUAGAAAACCAAGUUUCGCUAUUCCUUCGGCUGCCAACUUGUUCCCAGUGCAAUCGCAACCGUCUCUGAAGAAACCGUCCUUUAAGCCUAAUGUGCCGACACCAAUAUUACCGCUAUCACCAUCGUCAUCACCAAUUGCAAAUGGAGAAUGUUCUCCCUCCAUUGUUGCAACGUUCAAGGUUGUGGUGGAUGCAGAUACAAUUGUAGCACUACAGGUGUUUGAGGAUAGAGGAUUUGUGUUGACGCUAAAAGAGCUUCAAUCGCGAGUGCAAAGCAAAUUACUCAAGUCCAAUAUUCAGCUGCCAGAAAAGUUUGAUUUUGUCUGGGUGAUGCCCAUAAACAGUAGCGGCGCACUGAAUGGUUCGUUAAUGAGCCCAUCGAGCAGCGCCCCAUGGUCACCAUCCCUGCUUUCGCCAGUUUCUGCUUCAUUUUCAGCUUCUAUGACUGUGACUGCAACUGCGGGUACAGCUUCUUCGGCCUCAGCGUCCUCAACUUCAAUCCACCAUUUGUCGGAUCCAGGUGUUAUCUUAAAGUCGGAUGAAGAUCUGCAAAAGGCUAUCCACUCGUGUAAGAACCAUAAGGUUACUUUACGAUGCAGUCUUUGA